CAAGCAGCAGUAGUGUAAAUGGACGGUGGACGCAGAGGGAGGAGAAGUGCCGCUGUUACCUAACUAAAGCUGGGGGGAAAAAAAAAAAAAACGCUGCCAGUCCCGUUGAAGGAUUAGCUCCCUCCGCCGUGCUGUAAGGGAACCAAGAAUAACAAGGAUUACAGAAAAUGGCCCUCCCGUCAGUGAUGGUGUUGCCCCUGCUGAUUGUCGUGGCGGCGGGAGUGUAUUAUAUCUACAAUGAGGUCAUGCAGUACAUGGCCAAGUCUUUAGUCCGAAACAAGGUGGUGGUCAUCACUGAUGCUGUGACCGGCGUGGGAAAUGAGUGUGCUCGUCUCUUCCAUAAGGGCGGAGCCAGGCUCAUCCUGUGUGGGACAAACUGGGACAAGCUGGAGAGUCUAUACGACUCUUUGACAAGUGAUGCUGACCCUAGCGAGACAUUUGCCCCCAAGCUGAUCAUCCUGGACUUCAGUGACAUGGAAAGCAUGGAGGACGUGGUGGCGGAGGUGGUGGACUGUUACGGUUGUGUGGACGUGUUCAUUUGUAACAGCAGCAUGAAGCUCAAGGCUCCGGUGCAAAGUGUUUCGCUGGAACUUGACAAAAACAUCAUGGACGCCAACUACUUUGGGCCGACCACUUUGACCAAAGGCAUUCUUCCAACCAUGAUUCCGAGAAGAUCGGGGCAAAUUAUUUUGGUCAACAGCAUCCAAGGAAGACUGGCCAUCCCAUUCAGAAGUUCAUAUGCAGCCUCCAAACAUGCAGUCCAGGCCUUCUUUGACUGCCUCCGAGCGGAGGUGGAGGAGUACGGCAUCACCGUGAGCACCAUCAGUCACACUUUCAUCGACGCGGCAACCCUGCAGUCUCCCGAGAACCCCGCCUCCAAACCAAAUAGCCUAUCUGCAUUUAUUGCCAAGCAGCUGACACACGGCGUCCGUCCGUCAGUCCUGGCCAAUGAGAUUAUGCGAACAGUCAACAGGAAGAGGAAGGAGGUUGUGCUGGCCCACCCCAUCCCCAGGGUGGCCCUCUACCUCCGAUCUUUCCUACCCUCUUUCCUCUUCGCUGUGCUGGCUGCUGGAGUGAAGGACUCUGUUGUGGCUGAGCAGAUGCAGUAGGGGUUGCAGAAUAAUGAUAAGAUAAUGAAAGCAAAUUAUAUUUUAGCCGGGAAUAGUUAUGAGUAAGUAUUACUCACAAUAUUACUUUACAUCAUUGCAAGAAACACCACAGUCACACAAUUUUAUUCUGACCUGAAAACAUUGACAGUAGUGCAAUUCCAACACUGUAUAAUGUAUGUAUCUCCAACUCACAACCAUGUCUCUAGUCCCAUCAUCAGGAUACAGAUGAUGGAAGGACACUCCAAACAUCACAACAAUAUACAUGCACUAUUCAUUCAUUCAUUAAUUUUCCUCACGAGGGUCGCGGGGGAUGCUGGAGCCUAUCCCAGCUGUCUUCGGGCGAGAGGCAGGGUACACCCUGGACUGGUCGCCAGCCAAUCACACGGCACAUAUAGACAAACAACCAUUCACACUCACAUUCAUACCUAUGGACAAUUUGGAGUCGCUAAUUAACCUAGCAUGUUUUUGGAAUGUGGGAGGAAACCGGAGUAUGCACGGGGAGAACAUGCAAACUCCACACAGAGAUGCCCGAGGGUGGGAUUGAACCCUGGUCUCCUAGCUGUGAGGUCUGCGCGCUAACCCCUAGACCACCGUGCCGCCUGCAUGCACUAUAUGUAGUCUAAAUACACAAACAGACAACGAAAACAAAGAAAAACAACAUAUAGCAGCAUAUUCUUACCACUCACCAAAAUACCUCUGACUGUGGAAGUACAAUUUACUGCGUGUUAGUAUGCUUGGGAAUCCCAGGAAAUACACUCAAAAUGUGAAUUCAGCUUAUAUUACGUGAUGUCUUUAAACGCAUCCUUUCACGGCUCCUAAAAAUAAUGUUAGUGUUAGGCAGUUUACCUUUUAGCUUGGAACCGUUAAUGCAUACAUUUCCUGUUUUUCUGCUCAUAAAAUACAUUUAAUGCAUCUA